AGCAUUUCCAUAGAAAAAUGAAAAACUAUAGAAUCUGUCCAAUUUAAGCCCUGUCUGAUUGUCACUUCGAUCUCCAACACUCGUUCUGUCUCUCACACCCCAAAGAUGUCAGACCCUGACCCUUCAUCUGGAUUUGUGGGCAGCGCAGAGAAUGGAACUUUCCUGGAGCUCUUUCCCACCUCCCUGUCCACCUCUGUGGAUUCGUCUUCUGGCCAUUUGUCCAACGUCUACAUCUAUGUUUCAAUAUUUCUCAGCCUCUUGGCAUUUCUGCUCUUGCUCUUGAUCAUUGCUCUGCAGAGGCUUAAAAACAUCAUCUCAUCCAGUUCAUCCUACCCUGAGUACCCUAGUGAUGCUGGGAGUUCAUUCACCAACUUGGAAGUCUGUAGCAUCUCCUCUCAGAGGUCUACUUUCUCCAACCUUUCCUCCUGAAGCAAAAUGAAAGAGAACACUUUUGUGCUGGAGGGGGGUUAGUUGCAUGCUGUGGUGACUCUUUCAGGGCAUCCUGGAAGAGGUGACUCUUUGAGCUCUUAGACUGCCCCUCAUCCCUUAGUUUCAAUUUCCCUUUUAAUUAGCAGCGCUUUUCAUCUCUGAACAUAAUGCUAACACAAACAGCUUUAAGCAUCUAGAAGUAAUACAGGGUUUCACACCCCAAAGCUGCCUGGCAGAUCUAGAUCUGUCUCUUAGUAGAGGGAUUCAUUAAUUCCAUGGCAUUGGACACUCACAUGCUCACCUGAAAUUCCCCUCAUCUAUGUGACAUCGGGCUGUGUGCUUCUGGACUUCAUCUUUUCUGAAAAACCAUUUGACCAAUGGGACAACCAAACUUCCAGUGAAAUAUGUGCUUUUUUGCUAUUCAGAAUUAUCCUGUUUUUUCCCCAGUAUUUGAAAGAAUAUUUUCCAUGAACCAAAUAAUUUUUAAAAACAGCUUCAGUUUGAACGUCCCUUGUGAAAUUUCUAAAACUUUGAAGAAAGACUCCAAAUAGUCAAUUUAAUUUGAUUUUAUGAAUCAAAAUUAUAUUUGGCCUGGAUUGGGAAGAAAUUAUUUUCUCAUAGAGCAAGAUAGGAAUGACUGUGUGAACCAUGCAUCAAAUUCUCAAUAUAUUCAAUCUCUUGGAGUUUUUUCCCCUACUUAUGUAUCCCAGAUCAAAUGCUCCCUAUUUUUAUCAUUCUUUGUGAAGAUAAUGAUCAGUUUCAGGCAUAUCCCAACACAAAUCAAAAAGUUGGACUCCUCUUUCAUAUCUAUGAUUCCCACCAAUGGGAAUUAAGCACAUGGAGAAUAGACUGUAAGCAUAUCAUACUGUCAUGACUUGCAGCAACCAACUUGAUUGAAGUGUGCUCAUGUGUUCAGUUUCAUGCUCUUCACACCUUAAUGCAGAAUUCUGUAAAGGCUACAAGAUAUCAGGUGUAUGGUGAUUCACACUAAGUUGAAAGUGUUAGAAACUGAAAUGCAAAAACUGUGUAUGUAUUCUCAUUCGAAUCGCUAAGUGAAUGUUACCUCCAUUUUUACUGUUGUCGUAUGCUAUCUAGUACUGUGAAUCAGAAUUGCAAGAUGAGGUCUAAAGUUGAUAUUUCUACAAGUGCAGGCUGUAAUGAUAGGUAAGUCUAGGCUGUGAUGGCCAGACCAGCUGUAGCUGGAAUCCAAGACCCUGUUCCUGAGACCUGCCAUGUAAAUGAAUACAGGUCUUGCACAUGAAAGAAAUUAAACUGCACCAAAAAGAUAGCUGGCUCUUGAAGUGUCAGAAUUUUCUAUUUAAAUAAAAGCACCCACAGCAUAAAUAAAGGACUACCACUACUCACUGCCAUCAGGUGCCUCAUUGUCAAGGUCAUGUGUGUACACAUGGCAACCCAAAUGGCCAUUUCUUGUUCAAUGGAUAUUUUUACAGUCCUCUUCAUGGCCAGUUCCUGUUCAUUUAAAGAUUUAUAAGACUUAAAUCUGAAAGGGAUCUUCAUAAUCUAGCACAGGGGUGGGGAACCUGUGGCCUCGAGGCCACAUGUGGCCCUCUAGGUCCUCAAGUGUGGUCGUUUGACUGAAUCCAAACUUCACAGAACAAAUCCCCUCAUGAAAAGGAUUCUAGCUAGAUUCUAGCACAACCAUUGGCUUGGCUGGACAGUCAAACCCACUCAGUCAUGAGAAUGGCCCCCAAAAGUGACCAUUUGUUUAAUUCAAGAUUUUUCAGGGCAUCGACAUACCGCUUAUGUGGGUAAGUGUGGGAAACUUAGAGAAUUUAUUAAUGUAGAGGGCCUCAAGGUUCUUAAUUUUAAAUGUAGCUAAGGACAAAUCAGGCCAAAGCCAUCUUUAACUGAUUACAUGUUCAUAAAUAACCCAGGAAUUGCACAUAGCUGUUACCUUAGGUUGUGUGAGCUUAUGCAGAAGUCACCUCUAUCAUCACAAAAAGUACAGUGAUUCAUGGAGGAGAGAUUCAAGUAACAGAAAAAAAAAAUUGAAUACAGACCUGCUUUUUAUGCAAAUGUUGCAGCUUCUCUCCUUUUGUGAAUGCAUCUAAGUUGGAUGAAACACGCAAACAUAUGUAUUUACAAUAUGGCAAUGUCAUCUCCAUGGCAUAGGAUCAUGCAGAUUUUAAAGAGACAAUUUUAAUUACUGAGGAAUAAGAUUAGAUAAAGUGGCUUUUAAAUUUUUUUUUUUAAAUCUUCAGUGUCACCGCAAAGUAAUCUUUGUUCCCUUUUUCUUCUAAAAGAGAUAGAUACAAAAGUCCCUACUAGGAGAGCUAUUCACAGAAAGAAACUACCAUUCAAAGAAAGAAUUGAAUUGCUAGGACACAUCCUGAAAGAAAUGUGGCCAGCAAUUAUGAUGGUUCAUUGCAUUCAACUUCAUGUGUGAUAAAUAGCAGCAUAUUUAGUAGAAGAUAAAUUCUAUUUGUUCUUCCCACAUUUGCCAAGGCACCAAUACAACUAGUUGGAUUUGUUUUCAGAGUAUUGAAGGUGUUGAAAAGGACUGGAAGUUUACCUGAUAAAUAAAAAAAAAUUGG